UCCUCUCCUUCCGCCCCCAUGUCCUCCGCCUUCCUGGCCCCAGUGUCGGCGGCCAGCACGCUCGUUUCGGGCGUGUCUGUGCCAUAUGACGUCCUUGACCUCAUUUUACGCGCCGCGCCCGAUUUUGACACCCUUCAUGCCGCUGUGGGCGUCUGCUCUACGUGGCACACAGUGUUUGUUUCUGCACGACAGUCGAUUCUAGUGGCGGUUGCGGGCAACAUUGUUGGCCCCGCCUUGCCCCAGGCGGUGCGGUACCUGCGCUACCCCUACCCUGAGAAGACGCCAAAUGACUGGAGUGGAAUAGAGGGUCAGGAAAAUGACGAGGAUUCAGUGACUGAAUCGGACACGGAGGAUGAUGAGGACAGCGCGACACCUGCAAAAAGGAAACCACAGACUCCCAAGCAUCCACCUUACGCUGAGGACAAGCCUCUCGGCAUUCUUACUCCCGAAGAACGCUUCAAGCUCGCGAGGAAUGCCCAGCUUGUGGAGGAUCUGGCGCUGUGGUUUAUUGAAAAAUCAUCGCAUCCAACGCCCCUUACGCCCUCCCAAUUUCACCGCUUUUCCCGUGCUGCAUAUCGUGUCAUGCUCUUCUGCGAGUUGUUCUAUCUCCCGUUAAACCUCGACGACAUCGACUCCAUGGAGGACAACGAACCCGGAAUUAUCGCCAAAAUACAUACCGCACGCCUUGCCCAUCUGCGCGACUACACUGCUUCCGACCUAUUCGCGAUACACUCUGUCGUCGACUUGAUGUACUUGCUCAUUAACGAUGUGCUUUCGGACCCGGCCGAUUUUUCGCGGCUGAAGGACAUCUGUCUCGCUACGGGGCCAGCGGUGAUAUUGGCAGCGCACAAUCAGAAGAGCGAGCAGCCAUUUGAAGAUGCGCUGGAGCCCGAGGUCAUGACCUCCGAGGAGGACAACCAAUUGUUCACUGGAUUCUUGACAGCGUCCCUCGGGGCGCGGUUGAAGGAGCUGGAUAAAACACUGCCUAUAUCAGUAUGGGGUGCUAUUCUGGACGAAGAUCCCGUAGUGCUAGCGGCAGCUUCAAACUGUGCGCAAUGUGGUAUCGCAGCCGAACUGUGGCAUAAAGCUAACUGGGCCCGCUUGAUCGCGGUCGACUUCUGUGCGCUUCUUCCGGGCCAACUUAACGAGAACGAUAUUGAAGCUGCCCCUCUGGUCGAGCUUGUUAUGGGGCCCACCGCCGCCUCGCGGCUCGGGGCAGAAAAACUCAUCGAGGGGCUAUACGAUGACGCUUCUCUUCGUGCGCCGAACUCCGAGUUCUCCUUGUGGACGAAGGACGAAAAGCUCUGUAUGGCUUGUAUGCACCGCUUUGUCGGCGCACAUCUCGUGGGGUGGUUGUACAAGCAGAAGGUCGCUAAUGGAUGGAGGCCGAAGCAAAACUGCUGGUACGGAUGGAACUGCAGAACGCAGGUGCAUAAACCUGACCAUGCCAAAACGAUGAAUCAUCUAUGUGCCCCGACUCGCUAA